GAUGAACAAAGCAAGAGGAUAACCACAAGUACAUAGACAUAUAGACACAUAAACAGACACAUAAUGGUUAAGAUACGAAACAGUGAUCCGUCACCGUCGAGUAUAGAAUCAAUACCACCAAUUCAUGAAGAACCAUACGAGCUUGUUCCUGCUCCAGGGCAUUAUAGUAAUGAUCAAUCAACUCCGAUUGAAGAUGUUCGAAUCAUUAACAAACAAUCAUUGGAGUAUGUGCUUAUACUGGGUAUAGCUGGGGGAGCAGCUGGGUCAGCGGCGAAAUCGUUAGUUGCACCCUUGGACCGUAUCAAGAUUUUGUUCCAGACGUCCAACCCCGAAUUCUUGAAGUAUCGUGGCACAAGUCACGGGUUGUUUCUUGCUGGACGACAAAUUUGGCGAAAUGACAAACUUUGGGGGUUGUACCAGGGGCACUCGGUAACUUUGCUCCGUAUAUUUCCCUAUGCUGCGAUAAAGUUUGUUGCCUACGAACAGAUUAGAACGUUGCUUAUCCCUAAUGAUAAUUAUGAAACUGCUGCUCGAAGAUUCAUGGCUGGUUCCUUGUCGGGUCUCAUGUCAGUUUUCUUUACCUACCCCUUGGACUUGGUCAGAGUUAGAUUAGCGUUCGAAACUAGGAAUCUCACCAAGACACAUUUACAACUACACCCAGAACAUAGCCAGUUCAUGAAGAGACACCAAGGAAGGUUGGCAAGUACUAUCAACAUGAUUUAUCAUGAAAACCCACCACCAAAGAUCAAUGACCCAGGAUGGUUAAAGUACAUGAGGGACACUUUCCCACCCCAGAUUCAAAAGAUCUCCAACUUUUAUCGAGGAUUUGCUCCCACGAUCAUGGGGAUGAUUCCCUAUGCCGGUGUAUCUUUCUACACCCACGAUCUACUUCAUGAUAUACUUCGACUGAAGUAUCUCGCAAAAUACACUGUCCAACAACAUGUCCAUCGUAAGGUUCAAAUUGUUAACAAGAACAAACAAGCCGGGACGAAACUGUCUCGAGAAUCAAGAGCCCCACUCACCACAUGGGCCCAAUUAGUUGCGGGUGGAUUGGCCGGUAUGUGUUCACAAACAGCAGCAUACCCAUUUGAAGUCAUACGGAGAAGAAUGCAAGUAGGAGGUGCCGUCAACCAAGGCCAGUUUGUCGGGUUUAAGUCCACCGCGAAGUUAAUCUAUCGUGAGAGUGGGAUCCGAGGGUUUUUCGUCGGAUUGAGUAUUGGAUAUAUGAAGGUUAUCCCGAUGGUUAGUUGUUCCUUCUUUGUCUACGAACGGAUGAAGAAGUUUGUAUCUAGAAGAUUUGCAUAAUAUUUAUUGUAUAUACACGAAAUUUAGAAAAACCACC